GAUUGAAAGGCAACUAACAAAGAACUGUUGAUCUAAUAUUUGUUCUUCCUAAUAACCACAAACUACUUACCUACCAGAAGGACAUCCAGAGGAAACCUCAAGUUCCAGAGAAGAACAACAUCCCGUUUUGGUUUUAAUAAUCACUACAUACGUACAAAAUGACAGACGCAGUCAUUAAGCCCGACCCAGAGGCAGCGGUCGCAUCACCCCGGUUCAUGGAGGAUGAUGAUAUAUAUGAGGAUGCUGGAGAUAUGGCGAUCAAUGAAGACCCUAGUUUUCAAAAGUUAUGGUUAGGUCGUGUUCCCAAGUAUGUUUGGAAUGCAUGGAAUGAAAUGAGUGAAGAUUUGGAUGAGGAGAUACAGAUUGGUACCAUUCGCAAUUGUCGAGAGAGAAUGCCUGACGGCACUAUCAAGGACUCUUAUUCCAUGUUACUAAAUUCCAAUCUUGCCCAGCAUCAGACUGUUCCCAAGGAAUAUAGCCUUGAUAUUACCAACUCGAAUGUCAAGAAUACUUUCAUUUUCUCGGAGCAAGAUCUCCCCGGAUUCAAAUCGAAAUCAAGACAAAAAUUUGCUUUGGAGACUGCAAAUAUGCCAGCAAGACUAACCCGUGGAAAGAUUGAGAAGCCGGCAAACAAACAACCAUGGGAUCCCAAUAAGAAAUUUCAACCUCAAUUUCGAAAGGCAAUUCCAAAGAGAACAAACCUUUCCGGUAGAGUUGUACAUGAAUUGAGCUGUAUUGCCGUACAAAAUGAAGAAUCAGAUCGUCUUCUAGCCAUCAGGACUUUGGAAGCUAUGAAACCUAAAGUCGGCACGAAAUUUCUCAAUGAGGAUCUUGAUGUGGGCCAAGGUUUUAUUCAGCCUGGUACCAUCAAGGCUUCGGAUGCUUAUAGGAGCUUCAUUAAAACCAAGAGUUCCACUGCUAGUGGUAAGCCACAACUUACCAAGACCGCUCGUAUGCCAGAAAAUGAGCUUCUGGAUAAGAUCUUCGAAUGUUUCCGUGAGUACAAUUAUUGGUCCAUGAAAGCACUUCGUGCCAGACUCCAGCAACCAGAAGCAUAUCUUCGUGAGACACUCGAGAAAAUUGCUUUCUUGGCAAAGACUGGUCGUUUCGCAACACAAUGGUCAUUGAAGCCUGAGAACAGACCUGACAACUAUGAGGUUGCUGCUGGCGAUGCUAUUGCACCUGGCGAAGAUACAGACCUUGGCGACGAUGACGAAGAUGAUGAUGAGGAUGUCAAGUUUGAAGACGUCUAAUUGUGUGACUGAUCUUGCAGUAUGUAUUCUACGGCGUUUUAAGGGGCAAGGUCGCAUAAUUACGGUCUCAUGCACAUGAUCAGGUUGACAUACGGGAGAGCAUAAUGGCAUGGCGUUACAAUUGUCCUUCGUGGAUUUAGGUUGGUUAAUGGCGGAACUCAUUUGUGAGCAGAGAUCUUAAAUUGAGUUGUAAAUUAUCAUAAUAUCAAAGCAAAAUUUACGAUUGAUUCAUGUUCC